AUAUAGUCAGCGUGAAAAUUUAUGCUGUCAAUAGUAGAAAAUAACAUAACCUAAAAUUUUAACUAAAAAGUGGUAAAAGCUGUAAAAUUAAAAAUUGAUUCGGAAUCAAUCUUUGAAGCAGAAGAAAAUGCAAACCUAAAUGGAAAAACAUGGGCUAUUUCUGAUAUUAAACUAUUAAUAACAAAAAGGUUGGAAUUAGAAAACGAUUUUGUUACUGGAAAAAAAAAUAAAAGUGUGCUUUGGGGCAUAAUAUUGAGGAACAUCAAGGAAACACGCCCAGACUUUGAGUUUUCCCGUGAGCAAAUUAUGAAGAAGUACAGCAAUUUACUUGCAACUUCCCACAAAAUCAAAAAAAGGAACAAAAAGACAGGCCAAAGUGCAACCUUAUGGAUUUUUUAUGAUAUGUUCAAUGAAGUAUACGGAAUAUCAUAUACAAUUGAACCGCCUCCAAAUACUCUAAUACAAACUCUUAACUCUGGAGAAGAUGAUGUAAAUGAUGAAGAAUCCGAAAGUAUCAGUACACCUAAAAGACCAAAAAGGAACGAUGUUUAUGAGUUAAUAAAAGCUGAAAAUAAAAUAACGGAACAGCGACACCAAGACUUAUUAGAAAUAGAAAAAACCAACAUUGAACUAGAAAGAGCAAAGUUCCAAACUUUAUUGGAUUUAAAAGACAUUUUAAAAAAAUGUUUGACUGAAAAAUAAAAACAUAAUGAAAAACGUUUUUAUAAAAACAAAAGUACAAUAAUG